AGCACGCUAAACAACUUUAGCCCCGACCAUUGGAUACUCACACACAAUGUCCUCGCUCUGUGACGGGACCCAGAUAUGGGACACAAACCUGACCUGGUACAACACUUGGCCACAGUUCACAGACUGCUUCAAGUCCACGGUGUUGGUGUGGGUGCCAUGUGGGUUGCUGUGGCUGACGUCGCCGUUCUAUCUCUACUACCUCCUGAACGUCACACCGACGUCGUUGUCGUCACGAUAUAAAUAUCUAGCAAAGACGAUAGUGUGCUCAUGCCUCGUCAUACUCUCUGUCAUACGACUCAUCGACGCUGCAGAUAGUUACAACACCACCAACUUCUCUGCCUUGUUCAUCUCACCUGCAGUCCAGGCAGUUACCUUUCUGUUUGCUAUGUUGCUACUGCUCCUGGAGAGGAAGAAAGGCCUCAUCACUUCCGGGGUGAUGUUCACCUUCUGGCUGUUGCUCACAGUGGCUGGCAUCAUCCCCUUCUACUCCAUCAUCUUCGAGAAGCAAUAUGGACAGACCACCCUUAAAGUUGUAACAUUCUACAUAUACUAUGGGCUAGUACUGUUGGAGCUGUUCCUGAGCUGUUGUGCAGAGACGUCUUCAGAAGGGACUAUCCAGAACACGGAACCGUGCCCUGAACUGAGUGCUUCCUUUCUCUCAAGGAUUACCUUCUGGUGGAUGAACAGCUUAUUACUGAGGGGUUAUCAGAAGGCUUUGACAGAAACAGACGUCUAUGAUAUUCAUCCCGAUGAAGCGUCCGCCCUUACUGUGAUGCGGUUUCUACCACAGUGGGUCAAAGAGAUAGACAAGACCAAGACACGAGAAAACGCGACAGACAGAGACAGGGAAGUGUUAUAUUCUAAAACACUUAGCGAAUCUCUCAGUGUGGAUGCUGCUGAUGAAAAGUCUCCUUUGUUGAUAAAAGACAACACGACGAAGAUGACAGAAGCGGAUUUGACUUUCACUGGCAACAACGUGUCCCUAGCUAUGACAUUAUGGAGGACUUUCUGGUUCGAUAUGAUACAGAGUCAGCUGUGGAGACUUGUAAGCGAGAUGCUUAAGUUUGCUAGUCCUUUGAUACUCGGCCUGCUCGUUACGUUCACAACAGACGGAACAAUACCCACGUGGAAAGGCUACGUGUUGUGUGUCAUCCUCUCUAUCUCCACAUUAACGCAGACAGUCUUUUCUCAAGCCAACUGGUACCAAGCUAGAAAGGUGGCGCUGAGGGUGGCUGCUGUCACCAUAUCUGCUAUCUUUAGAAAGUCUUUGAGGAUGAGCAACAAGGCCAAGACAGAAUGGACAACAGGUGAAAUUGUGAACCUGAUGUCUGUGGACGUAGAACAUUUACGAACGUUUACAAUGUGGGCCUGGGAAGCGUGGGCGCAUCCUCUGAAAAUUGCUAUUGCCCUUUACCUCCUAUACCAGUCUCUGGGAGCCUCUAUGUUCGCUGGGAUGGCGGUGUUAUUUGUGUUGUUGCCCGUCAACACUAUUGCCACUUUCAAGUGGAAGAAAUAUGAGACUGAAUUGAUGCAACAGAAGGACAAGAGGAUGAAGAUGAUGCAUGAAGUCCUCAAUGGAAUAAAGAUUCUUAAAUUAUACGCCUGGGAACCGUCAUUCCAAGAGAGGAUCCUUGAGGUCCGGAAGCAUGAGCUGCACAUUUUGUGGAAGAUCUCCCUCACGCAGAGUUUCAACACCUUCUCCUGGACCCUUAUUCCCUACCUCGUAUCACUAGCUACGUUCACGACAUAUAUUUUCACAUCAGAAGAUCACUAUCUCCGACCUGAUGUCGUCUUUACUGCCAUGUCACUCUUAAGCAUCGUCAGACUAGCGGUCGUCAGUUUACCAACUCUUUUCACAGAUUUAGUUCAGGCUAUCGUGUCACUGAAGAGAAUUAACAAGUUCCUCAAUGCGGAAGAUUUAGAUGAUAAUCAGAUAUUGUGGAGCUCCACACAAGAUCCUGCACUGAAGAUCACAGACGGUUGUUUUCGGUGGACUUCCGAACUUGGACCAGCUCUCACAAAUAUCAACUUUACUGUUGACGAAGGCCAGCUUGUAGCUGUCGUAGGUCAAGUUGGAUCGGGAAAAUCUUCACUUGUAUCUGCAAUAUUGGGCGAGAUGAACAAGGUCAACGGUCAUGUCAGUCUGAAGAGUCACAUGGCUUAUGUGCCCCAGAUAGCGUGGAUCCAGAACGACAACCUGCAGAACAAUAUUCUGUUCGGGAAGCCCAUGGACAGACAGUGGUACGACAGAGUGGUCGAGUGCUGCGCUCUGACUCCAGAUCUGGAGAUGUUACCAGCUGGUGAUAUGACAGAGAUUGGGGAGAGAGGUAUCAACUUGAGUGGAGGACAGAAGCAGAGAGUGUCUCUAGCCAGAGCUGUCUACAACGAUGCUGACAUCUAUCUGCUUGAUGAUCCACUCAGUGCUGUCGACAGUCAUGUGGGGAAACACAUCUUUGACAAGGUCCUAAGUAGAAAAGGGUUGCUUGCAGGCAAGGCCCGGGUUUUGGUCACUCACGGCAUCCACUGGCUCCUAGAGGUGGACGCUAUCUUAGUGAUGACCGGUGGUCAGAUAUCAGAGAAGGGGACGUAUGAGGAGCUUCUCCAGCAUAACGGACCCUUUGCCCAACUCAUACAGAAAUAUCUUUUUGAGGGCAAUGAUCCUGAUGUCAGCGUACUCGAAUGUAGGUUUUACAAGUAUUCAUCAUGUUCAUUGACUGAAAUAGAGAAGAGUGUUCGUCAACGGAUGAAAUCAGUCACAUCUAGCGAGGAGACGAAUGAUGAGAGGGUAACUCUAAUGAAGUCCUUGAUCCAAACCACAGACGUGAAACAAUCCCAACUACUGAAGGAGGAAGAACCUUUAAGCGAGAGGAGUAAACUGAUUGAGGAAGAAAAAGUAGAGACUGGAAAAGUUACACUGAAUGUAUUUCUUGCAUACGGCAGAGCUAUAGGCCCUUGGACUGUGGUAAUCGCUCUCAUCAUGUACUCGUUAUUUCAAGCAACGUCGGUAACAUCAAUUACAUGGCUCAGCAAAUGGACUGACGACAGCUCCCUCAACAAUCUGACACUUCUUCCUUCCAACAGUUCAGGACGAAUGGAGAAAAACAGUUACUAUCUAGAAGUCUAUGGUAUCUUGGGUGUAGCUCAAACCGUUUCCAUCUUGACAUUUUCCUUUUUGUGGAACCUAAAGACGGUCAAAGCUUCUGGUAUUCUCCACUUAAACAUGCUGAGGAAUGUUUUGAAGGCACCGAUGUCCUUCUUUGACACCACACCUACGGGCAGGAUUGUCAACCGGUUCUCCCAGGACAUUGAUACCAUCGACACAAGGAUGGCGAAUUUGGUGGAGUCUGCUAUCAACACAUUGUUCCAAGUCCUCAGCAGCAUCAUCGUCAUCUCCUACACCACGCCCAUAUUUCUUGUCGUUGUCGUCCCCUUGGUCAUUCUGUACUUCUUUGUUCAGCGCUUCUACGUAACCACCUCACGGCAGCUGCAACGAUUAGAGUCCAAAGCUCGAUCCCCGAUAUACAGCCAUUUUGGGGAGACAUUAUCUGGAGCCAGUGUUAUCAGAUCGUUUCAAGCCCAGUCGAGGUUCAUCAAGGAAUCAGAAGACCGAGUAGACACAAACCAGAGGUUCAACUUUUACUCAGUGGGUGCUGUCUGUUGGCAAGGUGUCCGUCUGGAGAUCAUCGGAAAUAUCAUCGUCCUGGCUGCUUCCCUUUUUGUCGUCAUGUCACGUGACACCCUGUCAGGAGGUCUUGUGGGCUUGUCGAUCUUAUAUGCUAUUGAGAUAACAGCCAACCUGAACUGGAUGGUGCAGAUGGUUUCAGAAGUAGAGGCACAGAUCGUUUCCGUGGAGAGAGUCAAAGAGUAUACGGAAAUAGAUUCAGAGCCGGCAUGGGACAUACCUCAGAGACGUACUAAUCACGAUUGGCCAGACACAGGGGUGGUGAAGUUCCUCGACUACUCAACUCGGUACAGAGAAGGGCUUGAGCUUGUUCUCUGGGGGAUUACAUGCACUGUUAAUGCUAAAGAAAAGGUUGGCAUCGUUGGCAGGACGGGAGCGGGGAAGUCCUCUCUGACUCUGUCCCUGUUCCGGCUGAUAGAAGCUGCAGGAGGGGAGAUCAACAUAGAUGGCGUUGACGUCAGUACACUCGGGCUGCAUGAUCUCAGGAGCAAACUCACCAUACUACCUCAGGAUCCUGUACUGUUUGCCGGGAGUCUGCGAGGUAAUGUUGACCCCUUCAACCAGUAUUCAGACAAUCAGAUCUGGCGGGCACUAGAACAGGCUCAUCUCAAGACGUUUGUGGAGACGCUACCUGAUGGACUGGAACACGAGUGUAGCGAAGGAGGGGAAAAUAUGAGUGUCGGUCAGCGGCAGCUCUUGUGUCUGGCCAGAGCUCUUCUGAAGAAGACCAGGAUCCUGGUACUGGACGAGGCUACAGCAGCCGUUGACAUGCAAACAGAUGACCUGAUCCAGGAGACCAUCAGGUCAGAGUUCAAGGACUGCACGGUGCUGACCAUCGCCCACAGACUCAACACCGUCAUGGACUACGACAGGAUCCUGGUCCUGGACAACGGCUGUGUAUGUGAGUUUGACACACCCUCCUCCCUGCUACAACAGCCUGACAGCAUCUUCUACAACAUGGCUAAAGCUGCAGGGUUAACGGCAUAAUGCAAGACUCUUGGGUGUAAUAUAUUGUCUAUUGAAUAUUUCACCUUCUCAA